AGCGCGGCUUUUGGCUAGUGCGGCUAGUGGUGUGGAUCUUGACUCUACUCUCUUGACUUACAAGAUCUAGAUCUAGAUCUACUAGACUUCAGCUGCUAUAAAAAUAACAGACAGGUCGUAUGAGACCUUAGAGUAAUUGACUAAAGAUGGAUAUUCAGCUCCUUAGAAGACCAGUUCCUCACAAAAAUUGAUGCCCAGCACAAACAAUUCAUCAGUAAAAAUGGAAUUUCCUAUUGAAAUGAAACCGGAUAUCUUAAAUAUUCCUUCAUUCUCUUCUGAGUCUAUGUGUGACAUUAAGAAUAAAAUCAAGUCAGAGAUUAUUGAUGAUAAAAGCUUUUUUUUCGAACAAGCGUGUUUUAAUGAACUUCAAACUUGUGUUGAAGCAAUUACUUACAGAGACUGUUUAAAGUAUGGCAAUACUUUCACUUGUAACUUGUGUAACAAAAGAUAUAUUUCAAUGAAAUCUUUUGAAACGCAUCUGAUGCGGCAUUUAUCAGGCAAAUCGCAAGCAAGUUUAGCUCAGAUGGAAUCCAUUUUAGAGUCCAGAGGCAAAAGAAAUAAUCGACAUGUAUUUAAAAAUAUUGGUAGUAAAGAAAUAAAGCCUGCUUUCAUUUGUGAUGUUUGUGGUAAAUCAUAUAUUUGCAAAUCUAGUUUGGAAAUACAUUAUGCCAGGCACACAAAAUUAAAGAAUUACGAUUGUUAUAAAUGUCGUCAAGUAUUUUAUAAUGCAGGUUCUUUGAAAGAACAUAUUUUUUUGCACUCAGUUUACACUAACUCUUUCAAAAGUGGCCUUCCUGUUGUUUGUGACUUGUGCAACCAACAUUUAAAUAAAAUGGAUUGUAUCAAAAAGCAUAUGCAGAAGCAUUUAACAGAGAAGCCUCAACCUAAAAAAAUAUCUUUGAAGAAAAGAAAGAGAAAAAGGCCUUGCAUUUGCGAUAUUUGUGGGAAAAUAUAUUCCUGUGACAGCCUUUUAAAACAACAUUAUGUUGUGCACACAAAAGUGAAACUUUAUCUUUGUGAUGUAUGUGGUAAAUCUUAUGCUUCUAAAACUUGUUUAAAUAACCAUUAUAAAUUGCAUUCAAAUUCAAUGCAAAAAAAAUACACUUGUGUGCAGUGUGGUUCAACUUUUUUAAACAUACAUUGUUUAUAUAAACAUCGACGUUUGCAUAUAAAAGUAAAAGCUCACAAAUGUAAUGAGUGUGAUAAAACUUUUUCUAUUCCUGCAUAUUUAAGAAUACAUAUCCGUCGUGUCCACACAAAAGAUAAUCCUUUUCCUUGUGAGCAUUGUGAUAAAUCUUUUUUUUUUAAGAGUAUGCUAAAUCGACACUUAGCUGUGCAUACUACAGCACAGCCUUUUCUGUGUACUAUUUGUGGGAAAUUAUUUAAACGUAAAACCAGUUUGAGAGACCAUUUCCUGCGACAUAAAAAAAGAAAUCAGGUGCCGGAUGAUUGAUGCUUAAUGGUGUUAUAAUAUAAGAUCCAGUUGUGCAUAUUGUAAGAAAAGUCUUACAUGUUUAAUCCUGAAGGUUGAUUGAUUGUGGAUAAAUAAGUUGACAUAAUCUUGUGUAAAUGAUUGCUAAUCUUGCUUGCAAAUUAUGUGAAAGGAACAUUUUUUUUAUUCUUUUAGAGAUUCAACAAAAGUCUCACUCUAUAAUUGUCUCUUCAGACAUUUACAGUUAUUCAAGGACUGGUUUCUGCAGCUAUUAAUUUUCUUUGAACAUUGCCUUAAAACAAGCCUUUUGUAUAUAUUUUUUAUGCCAAAUUAUUUUCUAAAUAAAUCUGUAUGUUUUACACAUGAUGAAAUAGUAAAGACCUUUGCAGGAUAACUUUCUUUCAGCAGUUUGUGAGAAUGUAGUAGAAUGGGUUUUUUUAUGGACAGCUUUUUUAAAACCCAUGGAACAAUGAUGUAAAUUAUUGUAAUUAGUACUUUGUGCUUAUUACAUUCCUAUCUCACUUGACACUUUUAAUAUGACAUUAUUUGUUCUAAGAAGAAUUUUUAAUACGAUUGUUUAAGUGAGCAUGUUUGUCACAUGACAAGAUACAAGGAGGUUUUCCCAGACAAAGUAAUUGUGUUGAAGUUAGAAUUAGGGUUUGGCUGGAGCCAUUGUGAUGAUAGAAGCUAAUAGAAAGUUUUGUACUCUGUAGAUGGCUAACACAAUAACAUCUAAGGAUAUGAUUUAUAUUAAACUUGUUUUGCUGCUGGUUCUUUUUUUAAGUUUCAUGAUUUUGUAUACAGACUUUAGGGCGGUAGAAAAUUCAAAGUAUCAUCAUAUAUUUAAAAUGUUAACAGUAUGACAGAUUUUUAUAAGUAACAAUUUUUAAA